AUGGAAUCUGGGAACAGCUCUUCUGUGACUGAAUUUAUUCUUGUGGGAUUAACAGACCAGCCGGAUCUCCAACUCCCCCUGUUCUUCCUGUUUCUAGUAAUGUAUUUGGCAACUUUGUUGGGAAAUUUGGGCUUAAUAACUCUAAUUGGAUUAAAUUCACACCUUCAUACUCCCAUGUACUUUUUCCUGUGUAAUUUAUCCUUCAUUGACCUCUGCUACUCUUCUGUGUUUUCACCCAAAAUGUUGGUGAACUUCAUAUCUAACAAUGUUAUCUCAUAUAGAGGAUGUAUGACCCAGCUGUACUUUUUCAGUUUUUUUUCCAUUGCUGAAUGCUAUGUACUGACAUCAAUGGCUUAUGAUCGCUAUGUAGCCAUCUGUAAUCCACUGUUGUAUAACAGUACCAUGUCCCCUAGAAUGUGCUCCAACCUAAUGCUUGGUUCAUACCUAAUGGCAUUUUCUGGUGCCAUGGCCCACACUGGAUGCAUGCUGAGACUGACCUUCUGUGAUGCCAACACCAUCAACCACUAUUUCUGUGACAUUCUACCCGUGAUGCAGCUCUCCUGCAGCAGCACCUAUGUCAACGAAUUGGAGGUUUUCAUUGUGGUGGGGAUCAACGUCUUUGUGCCCUGUCUCACCAUCUUCAUCUCGUAUGGUUUUAUCCUCUACAGCAUCUUCCACAUCAGCUCCACUGAGGGCAGGUCCAAAGCCUUCAGCACCUGCAGUUCCCACAUAAUUGCUGUUUCUCUCUUCUUUGGAUCAGGUGCAUUCAUGUAUCUGAAGCCAUCCUCUGCAGAAUCUAUGGAUGAAGGAAAAAUCUCUUCUGUGUUUUAUACCAACACAGUUCCUUUACUGAACCCUUUAAUAUACAGUUUGAGGAACAGUGAUGUUAAACUUGCCCUGAGAAAAAUCCUGAGCAGGAGAAAGUUUUAA